CCUUGAGCCAAAUGGGCAGCCGGCGUGAUGUGCAGAAAACAUAUGCAUUUCUUCCGCCUUUGCCCGAGGCUGCAAAUCGGCCUGGAUUCCGCGAGAAGUACCCAUCUCUUGGCCAGAUAUGGUUUGCAGAUGCGGAGGAAAUAGAAAAAAGGAAACUUCCGCCAGCUCGGCAGCGCCUCUUGGAGCGAGCGGCGCAACAGGCCAGCGAAGUUAUCCAAGAUCAAGGGCCAACUCCGUCAUCGCCGUCUUCACCCGCGGAAACUAGUUUGGGAGCAGCAGAUCAGGGGCUGUUGCAGCUUCUGGAUGAUUGGUUGCAAAACGGCCGAGAAGACUUAUGUCAAGAGUUCGAGCAACACCUGCGCGAGUCCUACACAUGGCCAGCGUCAGAGAGAAGGAAGAUGGUGGAAGUACACCGGCAAAAAUGGAAAGCAUUGGAGGAUGCCUUGUGUCAGCUCAUGGAAGCUGUGCGCAAACCAAGCGUUGGCGAUACCACAGCCAGAGAGAGAAAGGUGGAUGCCGCCAUGAAGCGCCUACGACCCGCACGACAUGCAGAACUGAAAGUUCAGGUGAAGACCUUGCGUGAGGUGAAGAAACACUUUUGGUUCGACACCUUUGAAAUCAAAAAGCCCAAGAUAGGCAUCCCAAGUGAUGCAGAGGUAGAUGCCUGGCAAGAUGUUCCUGGACCAUCUCAACCGGCAAUAGCCCUUCCUGACCCAGAAGAGCGGAGGGUGGAGAUGGAGACACAGACACCUGUGGACAUCGAGGCGGACGCAGUGCCACUUUCUUUGUCGCAACGGCCCUUGCCACAAGGCUUGCCAUCCUCUCCGACCUCUCCCAUCUCUCCUGGCGCCUGCGUUCUGUCAGAGCCUGACCUGGCAGAACGAGAAGGAACUCCAGCAGGAACCCCAGGACUGGAUGCUGGGCCUGGCUUCAGUGACGUCUUUGCUGGCAUGGAUGCCCAAGAGCGAGCAGCUGUGGCAGCUCUCGUGCAGGAGCAGGACCAAUUGGCCGAGCAAAAGGCUGAAUCCGAACGAGCUCUGAAGCGGCAGGAUCUGAAGAUGAAGGAGCAGGACAAGGCCUUCCAGGAAGCGUUGCAAGCUGAGCGGCAGCACUUUGUCGAAGAGCGUGACCGCCUGCGUAACAAGUUGCGGGGAGAAGAGCUGGUCAUCGAAACGCGCAAAUUGAAGGAUGAAUUGAUCCGGCUGAGACGUGUCAGGCCGAUGCGAAGGGAUGCCCAGCAAGUUCUUUGGUGGACGGAGGAGGACAUGAACCACGUGAUCGCUGGAAAGCAACUUCUGAUGCGUCGAGCUGCAGGAGCAGACUCGAAAGCAGAAGGGAUGUGUGCUUUUGCCAUUGGCACCGCUCGUGAUUGGCUCUUCCGUUGCCGGGAGAUGAUGGAGUCUCAGUCAUUUGCGCCAACGGGUACCAGCAUGGCAAAUGCAACUGCUUUGACGGAGCAAGGCGAAACAAAGCUGAAGGCACACUUUGCCAAAGCCGUGGAGACGGUUGGCCGCUUCAAGUCACAUGCCAAGACCUUGGUCGACACCAUGCUGCCAGAAGAUCGCAGUCACCAGGCGGAGAGGUUGCAACCUCGACCAGAGAAGGUGGAGAAGGGGUUGGAGAUUGAACGGGAGAUGGCCAAGGGAGCAAGAGAAGCAGUUACGACACGACUUCGAGAUGCAGAGGCCAAGCUGGAUAGACUGGCAGAAGACGACCUGGCGGCUGAUUUCCUCACUAGGUGGACAGAGCAGAUUAGCGCGGUGAGCCUCAAAGGCAUGCAGACGCAACGACGGACAAAGGAGUUGUCGGGGCGCAUUGAGACUGCACUGCGGAAGGAGGCGGCAAAGUACCGCACAGUUGCGCAAGCGGCAUAUGCUGACAUUGCGGCAGAUCGAGCAGCAGAAGCAGCGAUCAAAAGAGCGGACGAAGCUCAACAGCGCCAAGAAGCUCGCGAGGCGGCACGGCAGAAGGACCUUGACCAAGCUGCCCGAAGAGAGAAGGAUAAAAAGACGAAAGAAGGAGAAAAGAUGGUGCCUGUAAAGCUGCGGAUGAGCGGUCUAAAGUCAACAGCCAUUGACGAUAAGGCAAAAUUCGGGCAGUUUGCAGAACAGAAACUGGCAAAAGCGCUGGACUUGAAAGAAUCCCAGGUGCGGGUAACUGGCAUCAGAUGAUGCUAGACCGGUGCGCAGUGCCAGCCUUUGAGCUGCAGAAGGUGCACAGCGAUCACAGCCUCUCCUCACUUCAGGAUACUUCAGGUAUCUUCUGAUGUGAGCCUAACUGGGCUGAGAAACUCGUGUUCUACUUGUGUUCUGGCUGUGCAUUUUCUCCAUGCUCCUCCAUAGUGAUAGUGUCUGAUAUUCUUCCAGGCAGUUUCCUUGCGAACCCAGAUGGGCUGCAUAUCACGC